UCUGCUUCCAUCCCAUCCCAUCCCAUCCCAUCCAUCGGCGAAGCACAAGGCAUCAACGUGCACAGUUAUCCUCUCUACGUCAACCAGAGUCCAUAGAGUAUACGGUAGCAGGUCGAGGGAGAUGGGAGACCUCAAAAGACACACCAAUCAUGGAGCUAUCGACGCAGUCUUUUUAUUCCCUCUUAGCCAACACGUCCGAUUCAUUCAAAUCACACGCCGACUUCUCCACUGGCUGUACGGUCGCAACGCUGCGUCAGCCGAAUCAUCUUCCUCCUCCGAAAGCACGCUGAUUCCAAGAACAAGUUGGUCUCAGCUGGUUCCGUCAGCUUUUUUGCUUCUCUCUUAUCCGCCGUGGAUGGGGUAUCACCAAAAGACGUAAGCUUUAUGUGGGAAGAGGAGGGGAAUAAGGCCGGCCCGCGUUUUCCGGUGGUCUCUGAUGCCGCGAACCGACAUUGCGUGCGUUCCACCACCACGCUUUCUUCGUUGUGAUCUUUUGGUAAAGGUGGAGUAGAGGCUCUGGCUUCGCAUAUUCUCCCACUGUGCCGCCGUUCCCACCGGUUUGAUCUUUCUUGCUCACAACUUGUUUGUGGAAAUUCCGAAUCGUAAUUUCUUAUGCUAUCUCCCUAUAUAUUUUUACAUAUAUUUAUUUACGUUACGAUAGAUGCAUCUCUUUCUUGUCACAUUUUCUUAGUUCGUCAUUUGGGCGAAGGGCUUCCUACAAAGACAAAAAGAGGCAUCAAAGUUUUCUAUCCUCUUUCGAUGCUCAAAAUCAGUGAUAGGAAAGCUAACAUCUGUGUAUUCUUCUAGUGUCUGGGAUAACUUUUACAAUGCGUGAACGUGGAAACUCCAUAUACCUUUCGUGAUAACCGGGGACAUCCUCCUCCAUGCCUACCUACCACAGUAGGCAUGGGAGUGGUGUGCCUUGUUGAAGAAUGAUGUCGGAUGCUCGACAGGGGCUAUGGUCUCUGGUACAAAAGGAUGACUCCCGAUAGAGAUGUGGUUUAUGAUAAGAAGAAUUAUAUCUUCUAUUCGUUACGGUGGAUCGUCUUUGCUUCCGAGAAUUGAUAUGGAUAUCAUGUGGAUCAGUGAAAUCAUCUUGACAAGUUGAAUGCUAAUUGUAGUGCAAUCUGAUUUACCAAGCUUGCAUUUGAACAUCAACGGCUGGAAGGAUGUAGAUAUGCUUAUGCAAUGUAUCAGAAUAACACCAGUAACUCAUCACUCCAAUUUCCAGCAAAGUAACAGAAUGAUCAUGAAUGUCAUCCAAAACAAAAUUCUGGAAAAGAUAUAUAUGCUCAAGAUCACCAAAAGAGAUAAUUCAUGGUGCCAAGUGCAUACAUACCAGAGCUCUCGAUCACGUUGCAGUGGAGAAAGUCAAGAAACCUAGGAGAAAUCGAACUGGUCUUCAUUAUAGUGCCAAAGUUACAUGUAUCUGAUUCAUAUGAGAGCAGAGCUCAGUAUUCAGACCCAAAGAGCACCUGCCUCAUGAAGAAGUGGCACCAAUUCACCACCAAGGUGCAGUGACAUGAUCCUAUCUGUAGAUCCAACCAGCUUGCCUCCGAUGAAUACAAGUGGCACCAGAGGAUUACGCCUCACAAGCACGGCAAGCGCCGUCUCCAUCUCUCUUCCCCUUGGUUCCUCGUCAAGUUCAUGUACUGCAGCAUUGACACCGAGGUCAUGGAGGAGGCUCUUCACAGUAUGGCACAUGCAGCAUGAGCUGCUGCUGAAGACUACCACCGCUCGUUGGGACGCCAACUUCUUCACCUUGUCCAUUCUUUUGUAGCAAAAUGGAUGGAGAACUAGUCUGCUGAAGAGCCAAACCGAACGCUGAAUGGUUUGUGUUGGAGUUCAGUACUCCUGUGUGACCUGCUUAUAUAGAGAUGGAAAGCUCAAUGUUUGCGUGCCCACAGCAUCAUUGUCUUCUAUCAUUUCAUUGACGCUGACUUCACUGUGCAUUUUUGGAAGAUUUGUAUUCUUUUGAAACCACAAAAGUUAUUUGAUAAGGUUGAUCUGAGUCCACUCUUGGUCGUGUAGGAUCAGUGAUGACUUGAGCCAUGCCAUGUUGAUUUCCGAGGUCUCAGAACAGUGGUAGAUGGAAUCCUUGGUUCUAGUUGACGAUGCACAUGUUAACAGCAACUCUUCAGGUCAAACUUCAUUACACUGGAGAAGAACAUUAUCCAUUUGGUGGUCCAUGAAAAAGAUGAACAAUGCCACAAGCGGAUGAAAGAAACAGGCAGUACGGUGCUGCCUCAGGACACAAGGAAUCAUGUACAUUUCGGUGGAGGCAUCAUCAUCAUCUAUAUGAAUGGAGAGUUUGAUUCCAGUGGCUGGUGGGUACCAGAGAACCAUGAGUUUCACCGCUGGCAACUUGUAAGGCCAUGUUCCACAUUGCCUCUGGUCCUCAGGCUGUUACUGCACUUGCACCACCUCAUCAGCGAUGGUAUCUGUGAUGCUGCGACUUGACCAUGCAUUCAUCUUCUUAAUCUGAUGGUUCCGAGCUACCAGUAAAAUCAUGUUCCGGUGAGACAGAAGACAAGGAGAUACGGCUGCCUUGCCUUCAUUGUUCCAAGCUAAGCGGAGAUUAUUCUUACUUCAGACAUGAGAUCUGCCUCAUGUCUGCUAAGAACCUUGACAUGCUCAUUCACUUGGAUGAUAGUAUCCAUUUCAUGAUAUUCCGAGUUCAUUUCAGAAGGUCUUUCUUCCUGAUACAAUGUUGCUAGGUGAAGCUGAUGGGUUAACCUUUGAGUAUUGGAGGAGACAAAGGUGGCUCUUAGAAGGGAAUCCACUUCCACAUGGUAUGUUUUGAAUCCUUUUCCUUUAUAGUUUCUGAAGGUAUCUUUAUGCAACAUGGCCAAUACUAUGCUCUAAUUAGGAUAAGAUUACGGACUGUUGUAUCAUGGAUAAAUCUAGAAUGCACUGUCUUUAUAGUUUCUGAAGGUAUCUUUAUGCAACAUGGCCAAUACUAGGCUCUGAUUAGGAAGAAGAUACUCUCAAAUCUCUUUGAAGAAUUGGGGAUAUGGUUGUCAUUGGAAUGCCAAAUCAACACCAUGAACCAAUCGAUGUCGACUGAUUUAGACAAGAACACUGUUGGCAUGACUAAGACUCCACUAAAUAUAUUGAUAGCUGGUGAUCAAAAAGCCAAAGACAUGCAACCGCCUGCAGAAUCCUUAGAGAAACCUAGCUAGGAACAUUAAGAAUGCCAGAGAAAACAUCAAGAUCAUUCUAGGUAUGUCCGUCGAUGCAUAUGCCUAUCACUCCGAGCUGUAUGACAUCACUGUUAGCCACAAGCAUGUAUCCGUGCAACACCACCACAUGUCCAGAAGACUCAAUUGGCAAGAAACAUCAUGCAUAUAUUCUGAGAAGAUCUAGGGUUACUGUUUGGCAUUCUAAAUCCUUGCUGACUGAUCUCGACCUUAUCGCGAAUUAGGAUAAAGAAAGCUUCGUCAUCGGCGGAUUGAGAUAGGUCACCUCCUAAUAUUCGAGCAUCAGAAGCUCAAAGUUUCAUCUUCAAUGGAGAUAGAUGGCUACAUUUAUCCAACUUUGUUCCGAGGAGAAGUGACCUGCAACAGACUAUGCAGUAAACCAGGGUUACGUCCAAACUAAUGGUCAGAGGACACUUGAGCAAUGUGUUUCACCAAAAUUUCCCAGCCAAAGGAUUCCGCAUUUAGAGUCCUUCGGCUCAAUAACAGUACCACCCAGGCUCACUUUUAGCCCUAUAAAAACAUCACGCUUCUGGAGCUUUAACCACCAAGUCCUGAGUUCUUAAAGCAUAUCUACCCCAUUGCCUCUCCUCGCUCUUCAAACCUGUGUCUGAAUUCCGCCCAAUCUUCGGCCACAAUUUGGAUCAGUCCACAAGAAUCUGAGCUCCCACAUUCCAUUUGAUCCGAGCUUGUGUCAGGAUGGACAGGGUGAUGAAGUUGGCCUCGCAGAAGGCAGUGGUAAUCUUCAGCUUGAGCUCAUGCUGCAUGUGCCACACCAUCAAGAGGCUCUUCUGCGAGCUGGGAGUCAAUCCUGCUGUUUAUGAGCUUGACGAAGACCCCAGAGGGAGAGAGAUGGAGAAGGCACUGGUCAAGCUGCUCGGCCGCAACCCCUCGGUGCCGGUCGUGUUCAUCGGAGGAAAGCUCGUUGGAUCCACCGAUAGGAUCAUGGCCCUUCAUCUUGGUGGCAAGCUGACUCCAUUGCUUCGGGAGGCUGGUGCUCUAUGGCUUUGAUCUCACUAUCAGAUUAAUCUCUCCUUCACAACAAGAAGUGAACUCAGGAAGAGUUUGGCUUUGCUUUUUGUAGCUUGUACUGAAGACCAUGACAUGCAAAUAAGGUGUACAGCUUCUGUUGCUUCUUGAUGAACUGAAUCUAACAGAUAUGUUGUCACUGCUAGAAUUCAUGGAUGAGAUAAGCAGAAGUAAAAUCUCCCAGUUAAUCUUCCAAAAUUCCUGAAAUAUAAUCCGAGUUACUGAUU